UUAUUGGACUUUAGCUUGGAGUGAACUCUGUUUUAAUGUAACAUUUUGUUUUUGUUGCAGUGAGGGGGCAAAAUGACCAACACCAAGGGUAAGAGAAGAGGAACAAGGUAUAUGUUUGCAAGGCCGUUUCGCAAACAUGGAGUUGUUCCUCUGGCUACCUACAUGCGCAUUUACAAGAAGGGAGACAUUGUUGACAUCAAGGGUAUGGGCACUAUCCAAAAAGGCAUGCCUCACAAAUGCUACCAUGGUAUGACAGGAAAAGUUUACAAUGUUACGCAACAUGCGGUAGGCAUUAUAGUGAACAAACAGAUCAAAGGCAAGAUUCUUGCUAAAAGGAUUAAUGUGAGAAUUGAGCAUAUUAAACACUCAAAGAGCAGGCACAGUUUCCUGGAGCGUGUAAAAGAGAAUGAGAGAAAGAAAGCAGAAGCAAAGAAAUCUGGUGUUUUCUUUGAACUCAAACGUCAGCCUGCUCCACCAAAAGCUGCACACUUUGUCUCGACCAAGGGUAGAGAACCAGAGCUGCUGGAACCAAUACCUUACGAGUUUAUGGCAUAAUUCAGUCCAGGAAAAAAAAUAAAAGCCCCUAUUUUGGGGAGUGAAAAAUUU